GUCGAUCAAUCUUUGACUAUCAAAUUAUGUCCCUCUUGGCCCAGCAACCCGUCGGAAAUGAAGGGAAAAAAAAUUGCCACGCUUGCCUGUAAGUACAGCUGGUGAUAAUGUCUCGUUACCCAAUUUAAGCUAGAGAUCUAGAGAGAGAUCAGUGAGUGAGAGAGAGAUGGGCAUUAACGGCUUUUCCACGUUAAGUGAGACAACCGGGAAGGUCAUAACUUGUAAAGCUGCCGUGGCACGGGGUCCGGGACAGCCCUUGGUUAUGGAGGAAAUCCGCGUUGAUACCCCUCAAAAAAUGGAGGUCCGAAUCAAGAUCCUCUUCACUUCAAUUUGCCAUACUGAUCUCAGUGCUUGGCAAGGCGAGAAUGAAGCUCAGCAAGUAUAUCCACGAAUUCUUGGCCACGAAGCUGUUGGGGUGGUUGAGAGCGUGGGAGAAGGGGUGGUGGACAUGAAAGAAGGCGAUCAUGUGGUUCCCAUAUUUAACGGAGAGUGCGGUGACUGUGCUUACUGCAAAUCCCAAAAAACUAAUCUCUGCGACAAGUUUCGUGUGAAUCCAUUCAAGAGCGUGAUGUUAAACGAUGGAAAGUGUAGGUUUUCAACCAAAGAAGGGGAACCCAUCUUCCAUUUCCUCAAUACUUCCACUUUCAGUGAGUACACCGUGCUUGACUCCGCCUGUGUCGUCAAGAUUGAUUCAAAAGCUCCACUCAAGAAUAUGACCUUGCUCAGUUGUGGCGUUUCCACUGGUCUUGGAGCUGCGUGGAAUACUGCCAACGUCCAAGCUGGGUCUACCGUGGCUGUUUUCGGUUUAGGUGCCGUGGGGCUUGCGGUUGUGGAAGGAGCACGAGCCAGGGGAGCGUCCAAAAUAAUAGGAGUUGAUCUUAAUGACAACAAACAAGUGAAAGGUCAGGCAAUGGGAAUUACUCAUUUCUUAAACCCGAAGGAUUUUGGUAUUCCAGUGCACGAGGUCUGUCUAAGUACAAUUACCUACCAGUCAACAUGCAUUCUUUCUUUGUUUCUCUGGUCGUUGUCUCACGGAAAUCAAGACCAUGAAUUACGGAAAAUUAAGGAAAUGACGCAAGGAGGCGUCGACUACAGUUUUGAGUGUGCAGGGAACUUAGACGUUCUUCGCGAUGCUUUUUUGUCCACUCAUGAUGAAGAUGCAUGCACGAUGGCCAGGGAGUCUAAGAUGAUCACAUCAGGCUGGGGUUUGACAGUAGUUUUGGGAGUCCAUCCGACCCCGAGGAUGCUCCCUCUUCAUCCAAUGGAGCUAUUCGACGGGCGUAGGAUAGUUGCAUCAGUGUUUGGAGACUUUAAAGGGAAGACCCAACUGCCUCAUUUUGUCAGAGAAUGCAUGCAAGGGGGUGUGAAAUUGGAGGAGUUUAUAUCCCACGAGCUCCCAUUUAGCAAGAUAAACGAAGCUUUUCAACUGCUUAUUGAUGGGAAAUCCUUGAGGUGCCUUCUUCACCUUUGAAGUUAAAUAAACAUGAAGCACCAUAUAUAUGGUUCUUACACUGGCAGCUAGCCGCGAUUAAGGUGUUUCCCUACCCGACAAAUGGAUAGAGAGCAUGAUGAUCUCUCAUGUAACAAAAUCACGUCACAUGUACGUGCAAGUGACGCUGUAAGUCAAUUUAGUUUGCCUUGAAUGUCAUUCUACUGUAUUUUAUCAUAUCAUCACUGUUGUGUAUUCUAGCAGCUAGCUAGCUAGCUGGACGCUUAUUUAGCGAUGUGGUCAGUGCGGCUUUAUUAAUUAGCAUGGGGUUUGGUCUGUCUAUAUAUAUAUUCUUGACUUAAU